GGGGUGAAAGGUCAAAGGUGAAAUACAUAUCUGCAUCCUUUACGAGUUAAAAUCAAAGCAUCCGAAGGUACUAGCUACUCACCUUUAAUAAGUUAUCACAUCAUAAAUGAAGCCAGAACAAGCAGGAAUAAGGAAUUUAACAUAGCAGGGCAUAUUACAUUUAAUAAAAUUAAAGGGAAUGAAAAUGUAAAAAAUGAAAGUGUUUAGGGUGUAUCUAAAGUAUAAAGUGACAGCGGUGCAAAGUUUAUUGAUGUUCAAUUUGAGGAGAUCUGGCCAGAGGUGAUUUAUUAUUAAGUCUAAUAGCAGUGAGCAGGAAGGUUCUCCUGGAUCUGAAUCAGUCUGUUGGAGAACGUGCUCCGCUGUCCCUGCAGGAGGAGGUGGAGAGGCGGGUCCAGAUUAUCCAAUAUGGACAAUGUUUUCUUCAGUGUCCUCCUCUCUACCACCUGUUCUGGAAAGUCCUGUUUGUACUCCUUGUGCAGUGCAUUCUUUUUUAAUUGGAUUAUUAUUACUCAUGGAUUAAGAUGUCAGCAGCAUGUGAAUGGAUAUAUGUUUGAGGUUGAGGUAAUUAUGUAAUUAUAUUUCAGAAGCCGAUCAAUCAUGUUAUGCGUGAAUCUUUUUUCGGGUAAGGUGGUAGUGGAGAAGAACAAUCUAAAGAAACAACUCGAGUAAAGUACCUUUAAAAAGGUACAGCAGUACAGUUCCUUUCAAACACUAGAACGCGAUCCUUCAUCCCAGCAUCUUCCAUGCAUCUCCAUAUAGAUGUUAUGCAACUCUUUUUUAAUUAGAUUUUUAUAAUUGUGUACAAAGUGUUUGCCAACACUAUGUCAUGUUCGUAACUGGCAGUGCCAGUGCUGACAGCUAUUCUCACCACUCGCCCUUCCGAUGCAUUCGGGAGUCUCGAUUCUUCUCUGAGUUGCAGGCGUGGCCAUCUGCCUCUAUUGGCUGCCGGUUAUCAUUUAUUUCAGCCCUUUGUACUCCCUGUUCUUAAGUGUCAGAACACACAUGUAUUUCGGUUAUUUACUGUUUGAAACUGGACGAGCUUAAUCCCAGGAGAAUAUUAAAUUCUUUGCAUUUUGGACAUGGAAACAAGUUAGUAUACAACAUUAUUACUUUGCAAUAUCUUUACUCUUCUCUGAUAUCGGCAUGAGUGGACAUUUUUAAUUCUCAGUGCAUGAAUUUCUCUGUAUAUAAUGUUAAUUGAAUUCUUUGUGUGCCAUGUUAACCACACACGAGAGCUUUGGGAUGCAUAUAAGAAGUUGGUUUUCAAAUGGAGAACUGUCAUCCCCCUGUAAGAUUAUUAAGAUAAGAAUCACACCUUUUCUACUUUAUGCUUUUAUCGUUUUUUUAUUUUAAAAUUGCACACUCUUCAGGAUACAACUUUGGUAACUGGUUACACUGUAGGUGUAAAUAACCCCUUAAAAGGUUUAUUGUUUUGUGUUGAUUGCCUUAUUUUGUAUCCGCUUUAUUGGUUUUGAUGUAUGCCUUUUUAUAUUGUAUUGUUUUAAUGAUUUUGUAUAUGUUUUAAUCUACUUCCGCUUUGAGCUAAAUUUGACUUUUAUUUUGAAAUGUUAAAAGGAAGCGCACCUUUAUUUUAUGUUAAUAUACAAACUGGACGGAACGGCUAAAUGUGACGGACGGAUGCGCAUUUCAUGAAACGUUUUGAUAGUUUUAAUGGACCCGUAUGAGGCUAACGCUCUUACGGUGGUGACAAGGAGGUUUUUAUUCAAGAGUUUUGGUUCAGGUUUAUACAACGAAAGAAAGGAAAUAAAGAAGUUCACCAGCAGUAAAGUCUCACGCCGAAUGAUAUACGGGGAUCCGUUGCAGUAGGUAUACGGUGUUAUCGAUGCAAUCUAUUCAUGAAGAAAGAUCCCAAGCAAAAAUCUUGAGGUGGUUUGUUGUCAGAGGGUCAGUCUUUUUCCACGGUCCCGAUGCUGGCUGUGUCCAGGUGUUCGACAGCUUUGAGGUGGAGCCUGUCCCUGCGCUGCUCUGCCCUCUCUCUGGGGAGCUCGGCCAUGAGCAGCCAGACCUCCACCGCAGCCAGAACCCAGUUGCUCAGAACCCAGACUGCUCUGUUUCACCAGAGUAGAGCCACAGCCAGUCCUGAUCCAAACAAGCCUGCUUCAGUGUCGUCCUCCGUGUCCGAGCUGGAGGGGGGGAUGUUCGAGAUGGGGAUGUGGUCGUUGGGUCUGGGUGCUGUCGGCGCUGCGCUUGCCGGGAUCCUCCUGGCCAACACUGAUAUGUGUCUUCCUAAAGCUGCUCAGGCAUCCAUGGAGAACCUGGAAGAGGCCGACCUGCGCUCCACCACAGAUGAUGAGAACGUCAUCAAAGCAAAGAGCCUGUGGGACAAGAACGGGGCUGUGGUCAUGGCCGUACGGCGGCCCGGAUGACUUUUGUGCAGAGAGGAGGCCUCUGAGCUGUCCUCUCUGAAGGCCCAGCUGGAAGAGCUCGGGGUCCCUCUGGUUGCUGUGGUGAAGGAGAACGUCGGCACAGAGAUCCAGGACUUCAGACCGCACUUCGCUGGGGACAUCUACAUCGAUGAAAAGAAAGUCUUCUACGGCCCGCUGAAGAGAAAGAUGGGGGCUCUGGGGUUCAUUCGCCUCGGGGUGUGGCAGAACUUCCUGCGGGCCUGGAGGUCAGGUUACCAGGGCAACAUGAAUGGCGAGGGCUUCGUCCUGGGCGGAGUGUUUGUCCUCGGAGCUGCAGACCAGGGGAUUCUCCUGGAACACCGCGAGAAGGAGUUUGGCAAUAAAGUGCAGGUUGCUGAUGUUUUAGAGGCUGCUAAGAAGAUUGUGCCAGCAAAAUAAGUUGUUUUUUUUCUUCCCCAAAACAAAUGUCAUCAAAAAGGUAGUGUAUUUAGUUUAAAGCAUCAAUUUAGUCUUAACCUGAAAUGCUGAGAUGCAGUCAAAGUCUCUCCAUCACUGAAAUAAUCUGACAUUUAUGUCUGCACUGUCCAUCACAACAUAGCUCUGUCUUUUGCACAUUCAUUUACAGUUGGUUCAGGACAGACGAUUUUAGUUCAGGAUUUGUCCCUGAUUAUAUCUCUGCAGACACCCAGAAGCUGGUGUUUUUGAGACGGGUAUUAAAAACAGGUCGUAAGGGACUUAAAUGCGAUUUAAUUUAAGUUAAUUAUUUUAGAGAACCACGUAACUCAAUCUAAAUGCUGGCUUACACGAUUGAUUAAUUAUUCUAUUGGCUGGUUUAUCGUGCGACAUUUGUAAUAACGUUCCCGUGUGUUCCCUUUGUGUGCUUCCCCAUGUCAGGUACCCGAAUGGCCCCCCAACAUGGCGCAGCAGUGUGUGUUUGUGUGUGUGAUAAUGACGACUUGAAUCCAAACUCAGCAUUGAGAGGAGCAGGUUUGAUGCUCAAACACAUACAGGUUCAGCCACUGCCGCCAUGUUGAGGAGUGUCGGUUCCGCCUGAAUGACGCAUGUGUGUGUUUGUGUGGAAGAGAGUGUGUCCUUGUACAUAAGUAAUAAAGAAGACCUCAUCACCAUAUCUUCA